AUGGACUCGCAGCCUCUCCCUGACGCACACGCGGCCUCGUCCAGAGACCGCCUCAGCUACUUGCCCGCCGAGGUCCUCGCCGACAUCUUCAGCUACCUCGCGCCCAACCCUCCCGCACCCCUCUCUCGCCGCCUCCUCCCCUACUCGCGCACCGCCAAACUCGCACGCGUCGACAUCCAGUCGGUCAAGCAGCUCAAGAGCUUCGUCGACACGGUCAAGGGCACACCCGCACUCGGCGGCUACGUCCGCAGCCUCACCCUCAACCUGCGCGACACGACCGAGACCAUCCUCGCCCUCGAGACGGCCUUCAACGACACGCUCGGCGAGGCCCUCGCCCUCCUCCCCGCCGUCAAGGAGGUCGACGCCGUCGACUGGAUGACGACCUCGUUCCUCCUGUCGGACAAUGCCGUCGCCGCCGCCGCCGCCCACCCGCUCCACACCAUGCGCCUCAGCAUCCUCCUCACCCAGCUCAACUCGCUCGACUUUGUCACCUACCGCCUCGCCCUCCUCGCCCGAUACCCUCGGUUGCGCAAGGUCGAGAUCACCGUCCUCCCCUUCGACCCGGGCUCGACCUCGGCCGUCGCGUUUGACCUGUUCCCGGCGAGCGACCUCGCGCCCGCCGCACUCGACAUGGCGCCGAUCGCCCAGGUCGACAAGCUCGUCGUCGUCGGCGCGCUGUGCGACCAGCGAGUCGUCAACAUCCUGCGCGCCUUCCACGGCGUGCGCGACGUCGAGCUCGCCGACACGUUCGCGUCGCGCCACAUCGCGCCCGCGCUCGCCGCGCUCGACCCGUCGGCCCUGCGCGGCCUCGUCCUGCGGCGGUACCUCGUGCCCCCACCGGUCGACCUCCCGGCGCAAGAGACCGACUGGGCGCGGUUCGCCAACGUGCACGAGCUCUCGUUCGCGCUGCCUAUCGGCUCGCCCGACGCGCUCGCCGCCGCCCUACCCUCGUUCAGCAACCUGUCGCGCGUCGUCUUUGGUGCCGGAUCGGACCCGUCGGCGGCCCUCGUGCAGCACCUCGUCGCCCACCGCCCACCGCUCCUGCGCGAGGUCGUCCUGUCGCACGUCACGGGCAUGGUCGGCGAGCCGCUCUCGCCCGAGUCGGUCCCGGCCGUCGCCUCGUGGCUCGAGGCCAUGACCGCCGCCGUCAUCGCGAGCCGCAGCCCCGACGCGAGCGACGACCCGGGCGCCGCAGCGCGCGCCGUCCCGCCGUUCCCGCUCGACGGCUGGCUCCUCCCGCAGUGGUGCCCCGACUUUACGCCGUCGGACGCCGAGGCGCUCCUGCCGCUCGCACGUUCGGUCGGCGUCGCGCUCGGCGGCACCUUUAUCAGCGCGUGCCUGACGACGUACGUCCUCGACCGGCAGGUCGACCUGUGGCUCGGCCACGACGGCGAGUCGGGCGCGGGGGUGCGCGACAUGGGCGACGACGAGCGCGAGGUCAUCUGCGACCGGAGCUUCUGGGACGCGCUCGCGCUGCGUUAUGCGGCGAGGCUGCUCGAGGGGACGGACGGGGGAGGAGGGGCGGCGGCGGCGGGCGACGAGAGUAUGGAGCCGAGGAGCAAGGCCCUGCCGCUCGACGUGGCCGUCUUUCACCCGACCUCGGCCAGGCGUCGCAGGUACGAGCAGCGCGAGGGCUCCCUCGACGAGCGUUGAGCGAGGGGAGGGUCACCGGAGCGUCGAGUGCCUCUCGUACCGACGGACCCUGUGCAACGAGGACGUUCGAGCCCGGUA